GAUGGGAAGAACAGAAUAACACAGCAAUAAAACAUUCAUGAAGUAUAGAUAGCAAAGACAACACACAGGCGUGUAAUACUCAAAUACCAUAAAGAAGACACUGCAUGGACCAUUCGGCUGACAAUUCAGUGAUGGCAGAAAAAACUUUGAUGGUUGCAGAUAUAUUCAAAUUCAAAUCAAAAAUCAUAAAUGGAUGCCUGUUUGGGAAUUUCACAGAUUGGGAAGCAAUAAAAAAUCUGAAGAAUUUGCCAAUAAGGGAAGAUGAUAUUGUUAUUAGUUCAUACCAAAGAUCAGGAACUCACUGGGCAGUUGAGCUGAUAGACCUGGUUAGAAAGGAAGGAAACACAGAACUUGUGAAGCAGAGUCAUAUCACCGACAGGUUCCAUUGGUUUGAGAUGGCCAAACAAUACACUGAUGGCAAAGUUGAUGAUAUCUUUACAUAUGAGGGGGAUGGCAAAUGCCUUGAUGACAUCACAAUGGCCCCCUCCCCCAGGAUCCUGGUCACACAUCUGGGUUAUGACUUUAUGCCUGAAGGGGUGAAAACUGGCAAAUGCAAGACCAUUGUUGUGUUGAGGAACCCCAAGUCAGUGCUAGUGAGCCAAGUACAUUUGUACAAUGUGUUUGGCAAUAAUUACACCACCAGACCUACCCUAGAUAUACUCCUUAAUAGCCAUCUUAGAGAUGAUAAUGACAAAGUUCUAUAUGGUACAUGGUUAAGUCAUGUGACAAGUUGGUGGAAACAGAGAGAGGCUACAAAAGAUCACAUCUUCUUUCUAAGAUAUGAAGACAUGAAAAAGGAUAUGAAAGGAGUUAUACAUAAACUAGCAUCAUUUCUAAACAAAGAUCUGGAUGAAGAAACAAUUUCCAAAAUAGUUCACCACCUAACCUUUGAACAAAUGAAAGCUAACCCAUCGACUGGUGAUGCAUUUACUCGCGUGAAGAAAUCCAGUAAAAUAGAUGACACUACCCCCGCUGCACAUAUGAGGAAAGGUGUUAUAUCAAACUGGAAGCAACAAAUGACAGUAGCACAGAGUGAAAGGAUUGAUGCUUUCUAUAGUCCACGUUUGAAUGCCAUUGGGCUGACAUUUCAUUACGAAUAGAUUUAGAAAAGUCACACAUUCAAACACUGUUGUAACUGACCAAAACACUAUGAAAGUGUGUACUAAGGAUUGGGUCAUUAACAUUGUUUUCUGGCAGAGGGUGAGAGUUAUUAGAUAUCAGAAAUAUAAGGAUCAUCAAGGAUCAUAUUUGUAAAAAAGAAGCAACAAUUUUGUAGCAGCCAUAUUUGAAAACCCUUCUUCAGUAGAAGUCUAAUUCUCAUUAGAUAAUAUUAGGUUUUGAACAAAUCCGGUAACCAGAAUUUGGGUUACCAAUAUUCACAUUUUUUUCAUGGAACGGUGACCAUUUUGAAUUAAGUGGCUAUAUUAAUUUCUUCUUGAGGUCACAUGUCCCUGAAGCAUGAGCAUAUGCAAUUUGAGCCAAAUCUGUCAACUAUCAUUUUGAGUUAUCAAAGGCAU